GUAUUAGCUGAUAAGUUAUCGCAUGGUUCACCUCGGUUGUUAGUUGAAUGCAGCAAUUGCCUGUCGGCGAUAAGUGACGUGGAAUCACUCCGAGAAGUGGAAUUAGCAAAACCUCUUCUUCACAUUCUACAGAUUCUUGGUUCAACCGAAUCUGAACUAGUGAAACACUCGUUAGGAUUCAUUGGCAAUGUUGCAUCUUCGAAUCGAACCGGUAUAAUAAAUCCGAAUAAGGAGUUUUUGGUGAGAAACCAAGGUCUUGAAAGUCUUGUGAAUGUGCUCAAAUAUCACUUGUGUUCAUCGGAUAACGUUCUGCGUUCGGUCGAGUAUGAAAUCAUUGAGAAUGCCAUCUUUGCACUCAAAAAUCUGACUGCCAAUUUUGUGAGUCUCGAACGAACGAGCAGUGUAAGGAAGCAGUUCGCUGAUAUCGAAGGUGCGCUCAUGACAAUACUCGACCAUUUAUAUGCAACUCAAUUGCUCUAUCAACCGAGGAUGAAUCGAUUACAGUUCCAAAUUUUUGAUAUUCAAAUCGAUAAUCGACUCGACCUGUUAUUGAUAUUACAACGUCUUGUUGACGCCGGUUUAACGGGUCGAUUGCUCAAAGCAAGCACAUCAACGGGUAUCAAUUGUACUGAAACGUUUAUCAAUGUGAUUUUACAAGCCGCCGAUGUUAAGGAACGAUGUACAUUCGAACAACAAAAGGCGAAACUUUCGAACACAAUCGAACAAUCUCUGAACAUAAUUCGUCGUCUCGGUGAUCAUCCCAAAUUUCCGCAACAAAUGCGACCGUUAAUUGGGUUCAUUGAUAUUGUUGUGCAUGAGCCAUCUAUUCGUGAUCAAUUCUAUCAGGAUUCGGUAUUCAUGGACAUCAUUCGAUUCUACUUAGCACAUAAACAGCCCGAAUUUUCUGAUCUCGCUCGCACAAUAAUAUCAAAAAUUGAAGAAUGUGAUGUAAGCAUGCAGUUGGCAGAAGUUCUCGACGAGCAUUACAUGAGCUAG